GUCGACACAAGUGUACCAUAAGUCAAUACGUCAGACUCAGGGAGAAAAACGAGACGCGAAAAGCAGCUCGAGAAAUAGAUGACUGCUUUGGAAGGACAGCAAAAUCGGAGACAGGAAAGCUGCGUUCCUUGUUAAAUUUAGAAUAACAAUCGAAAACAUUCUCUACAGAUACGAAGAAUAUGGACAAUAGUAAGCGGAAUGUUGUUGUAACAGGGUUUGAGCCAUUUGGAGCGCACACCAUUAAUGCCAGUUGGGUAGCAGUCCAGGAACUGAAAAAGCUGGGCUUGGGAAAGGACGUAGACCUGCAUGUGUAUGAGGUGCCUGUCGAGUACCAGGCAGUCCAGAGUUUGGUUCCGUCAUUAUGGAAGCAGUAUCAUCCCCAGUUAGUGGUCCAUGUUGGAGUCUCGGGUAUGGCCACCACCGUUACCUUGGAGAAAUGUGGCCGUAACCAUGGCUACAAGGGUCUCGACAACAGCCGCUUCUGUCCCCAUUCUCAGUGUUGCAUUGAGGGGGGUCCUGACUGCAUUGACUCUGUUAUUGACAUGGAAUCGGUCUGCAAGAGAGUGACAGCCUCUGGCCUAGGUGUAGCAGUGUCCGUCUCAAAAGAUGCUGGCAGAUACCUCUGUGACUUCACCUACUACACCUCUCUGUACCUGAGCCAUGGGCGCUCAGCGUUCGUCCACGUGCCUCCCAUAGCAAAGCCUUAUAGUGGAGAGGACCUGGGUAGAGCCCUUCAAGCCAUCAUACAAGAGAUGCUGAACAUGCUAGACAGAGCCGAAGAGAAGAUCCACUGCCAGCACGUGCACUAAGUGACCUGCGAAAGCCAACUGCCAUUACCCCUUACACACAGGAGAUAUUAUGCAGUUAACCACAAAUACCCCAAUAACGGUUUUGUUUUAUUACUUCUUCUGGUGCAAAUGAGGAAAUGGCAACGAAACAGACACUUCCAGUUGACUCAUUCCACAGAAAUUUUUUCACUUUCUUCGUUGAUGUUGCCUCAAGCACUUUACCUGGCCCAGCAGUUUUUAUUUAUUUUUAUCUUAGUGGUUAUGGAUAGAGGUGAGGUGAGUAAAGCUGAUCCAGGUCUAGUGUUUAGGUGUAACUUGAGCUUUCUCCACAUCCUCUCUAGAUAGCAAGAGUUGCUUCCGUGUUCUGGGGAAUUUAACUGGAAUUACUGGAAUUGACAGAAGGGAGCCACCUGUUUGCGUUAAGAGUGCUACUCUUUUUGAAUCUGUUUUCAUGGUUUCAUGGUUUUGGCUCUUUAUCCAUACUUUCACUGUAAUCUCAGAAACAAUGUAUGGAAAAGUCCUUUUAUACAUCAACUCACUGUACAAGUUCCACAUUAUUUAUUGGGGUAUUUCCUUUUUCCUUUCAGUUAUUUUAAGGGGAAUUUCUGCCUUGGGUUGUUAAUCAUCAUCUUGAAGAGUUGUUUUUCUUACCAGCUUUUUCAUUGAAGUCUGAGGCAUCCACUUGUUGGUACUACUUAAGUCAUGCUAGUACUUCCUGUAUUUAUGUAUAUUAUUUAAUGGUGUUAGCGUCAGGUGUUUAGCUAGAUUUAUAUGUUCUGAAUGUGCCUGAAACAUUUUCUGUAAAGCAUUAUUUAAAGAGAAAUUCACAUUGUUUUUGCAUAUUUUCCCUGUUCAUUAUCUGAACAUUUGUUUGUCGUUUUUUGCAUAAAAACAAUUUUUUUAAACAAAAUUCAGAUAGUUACUUUUAAAUGCAAAAUGUUGCUCUUUUACAUUGAUAACUUAUUGUUUCUUGAGUCUUUUUAUUUAUCAGAAGUUGUACAUUUGCCUUCUUUUACUAAGGUAUCAAGAAAUGGGUUGGUUGUAUCAAAUAUUUUUUUUGUCUGUUUGCCCAAUUUUGACUGGUAGCUCUUUGGUAUUGUUUGACAGAUACGGCAUUAGUUCAAUGAACUUCAUCAGAUCAGUAUUGUCACGCCCUGACCGGUUUAUUUCUCUAUUUGGUUAGGUCAGGGUGUGAUUUGGGUGGCCAUUCUAUGUUUUCUAUUUCUUUGUUUUUGGCCGAGUGGUUCCCAAUCAGAGGCAGCUGUCUAUCGUUGUCUCUGAUUGGGAAUCAUACUUAGGCAGCCUUUUUCCCACCUAUGUUGUGUGUAAUUAUUUAUUUUCUGUGUGUUUGUGUGCGCCACGGUUGCGUCACGUUCGGUUUCUGUUUACCUGUUUUUUUUUUUUGUGAAAGUUUCACUUUAUUAAAAGAUGUGGAAUUACAUGCA